AUGAGCCCGCUCGAGACCCCGCUCCCCAUCCCCUCGCCUGACAAAACGCCCGCCUCCUUCGGAAUGACGCGGGACGUGGGGCCGGAGGAUGAGCUGCCCGACUGGGCAGCCGCCAAAGAGUUUUACCAGAAGUACGAUCCCAAGGACGUCAUUGGCAGAGGAGUGAGCUCCGUGGUCCGCCGGUGCGUCCAUCGAGCUACCGGCCAUGAGUUUGCGGUGAAGAUCAUGGAAGUGACCGCCGAGCGGCUGACCCCUGCCGUCUCGGGUGGAGAGGCCCCGGUGACCCAUAGCCGCCCCCUGGCACCUGCCUCUCUGCCUCUUUCCCCAGUCACUCUCAUCGAUUCCUACGAGUCUUCUAGCUUCAUGUUCCUGGUGUUUGACCUGAUGCGGAAGGGAGAGCUGUUUGACUACCUCACAGAGAAGGUGGCCCUCUCCGAAAAGGAGACCAGGUCCAUCAUGAGGUCUCUCCUGGAAGCCGUGAACUUCCUCCACGCCAACAACAUCGUGCACCGAGACCUGAAGCCCGAGAACAUUCUCCUCGAUAAUGACAUGCAGAUCCGGCUUUCCGACUUUGGGUUCUCCUGCCACUUGGAACCCGGGGAGCGCCUGCGAGAGUUGUGUGGGACCCCAGGGUAUCUAGCUCCAGAGAUCCUCAAAUGCUCGAUGGAUGAAACCCACCCAGGCUAUGGCAGGGAAGUCGACCUCUGGGCCUGUGGGGUCAUCUUGUUCACACUCCUGGCCGGCUCACCACCGUUCUGGCACCGGCGCCAGAUCCUGAUGCUGCGGAUGAUCAUGGAGGGCCGCUACCAGUUCACUUCGCCCGAGUGGGACGACCGUUCCCGCACGGUCAAAGACCUGAUCGCAAGGCUGCUGCAGGUGGAUCCGGAGGUCCGGCUGACGGCCGAGCAGGCUCUGCGCCACCCCUUCUUUGAGCGCUGUGAAGGCAGCCAGCCCUGGACCCUCAGCCCCCGCCAGCGCUUCCGGGUGGCAGUGUGGACAGUGCUGGCUGCUGGGCGAGUGGCCUUAAGUGCCCACCGCAUCCGGCCCCUGACCAAGAGUGCCCUGUUGAGGGAUCCGUAUGCCCUGCGCCCAGUCCGGCGCCUCAUCGACAGCUGCGCCUUCCGGCUCUAUGGGCACUGGGUGAAGAAGGGGGAGCAGCAGAACCGGGCAGCCCUCUUCCAGCACCGCCCCCCUGGGCCGUCCCACCUCUCGGGGCCGGAAGAGGAAGGGGUCUCGGCGGCUGUCCUGGAGGAUGAGGGGCUGCUGGCAUUGGGCUAGGACCUCGGGGUGCCGAACUCCCCACGAGGACUUGCCGCAGUCCAGCCCCUGUGGGCCCUGGGCUCCAGCCCUCAUGCCUGGCUAGGCCUACCACUGACCAUGCCGUUAUCAUAAAGACCUACUGUAUACCUACGGCGCUCACCAGGACUGAGACAGCUGGAAGAGGGGCAGGGAGCACCGGGCUGUCACGCCUGACCUUGCCAGUGCUGCCCAUCCUCCACAGGAAAUAAAGUCUGCUCCGUGCCAGG